AUGGCAUCAAACUUGACAAAAGAAUUGGCUUUGAUAAAGAAGGAGCUUGAGGACAUUAGGAAGGAGGCUCAGAGAUUGAAGGAGGAGGUUGCAAGAUCAAAGAGUACAAAGACGACUACUGCGACUACAACAACUCCAACAGCAACCCCAGCUUCAAAGCCAGCCGCCGCUGCUCCAAAGGCUGCUCCAGUGGCUGCUGCCAAGCCCACAUUCACCCAAGUAGCUGCUAAACCAGCUACCAUUCCAAGUGCUAUUGCACCAUCCAAGCCAGUGGCAUCAACACCAACACCAGUAUCAACAUCAGUAUCCAGUCCAGCCAAGACCACUUCACCACCAACAGGCUCACCAUCAUCAAAGCCUGCACUAAGUCCACAGAUUAAACAGAUAGUUGAUGGACUAAAGGAUCGAUCAAAGGUUGACAAAUCGGUCGACAAGUCAAAGUUGGAGGUAUAUUUAGAUGACAAGCAGUUCACCACUGUGUUCUCCAUGUCCAAAGAUGAGUUCAACAAACAACCAAAAUGGAAACAAGACGCCAAGAAGAAGGAAGUGGGUCUCUAUUAA